CCACAUCUCUAAUUUUCAAGCCAAAAAUGGCGAAGUGAGUGGAAUUUUUACGUUUUCUUCAGUUCGGAAAUUAGUUUUUUGCUGCAUAUUACAUAAAAUAACAAAAUCUCGUGUGCAAAAAAAGAGGAGUGAGAAUGUGGAACCAAUGGCCUGCUGCUGCGGCUAUGGUGCCAGGCGCCGUGCCAAUGGCUGCACCGCCGCAGCCCACGGUACCGCCACCACUACCCGACGCACCGCCACCGCCGCCGCCCGUCGAGCAGUCGUCCACAGCAGCCCCGGUGGUGCCCGCCGGCGUCGCUGUUUCCGCCACCGCCGUCGCUGAGCCAGUCGCUAUGCCUGCGGCACUGGGAGCCAACCCCUACAGCGCGGCUGGCCAAACGGCCACCAACCCCUACGAGCAGUACACGGCUGCCCAGUACGCGGCCAUGACCCCCGAGCAGCAGUAUGCGCUGCAGCACCAUUGGCAUCAGUGGCAGACGUACCAGCAGGAGUACGCCAAGUGGCAUGCCCAAUACGGCGAGCAGUACAAACGGGAGAUGGCUGCCGCAGCAGCUGGCGGUGCAAAUCCCGCGGCCGGCGCUCCUGCCGCCGUCACACCAUCGGUGGCUGCAGCCCCCGUCGCAGCAGCAGUCGUGAUGCCCGCCGCUGUCGCAGUACAGCCGGGAGUGCAGGGCUAUCCGCCAGCGCAGCAGACGUACUACCAGGCUCCACCGGCGGUGGCUCCGGUGCCCGUUCAAAUGCCCCCCAAUCCGCAAGGGCCUGGAAUGCCGGGCAAGAUUAUGGCCCAGCCGCAAAUGUACAGUCAGCCGCCGCCGCCGCCACCGCAGAAGAACGCCAAUCCCGGAGGCUACAUGCAGCAGCCGCCGCAGCACCAGCAGCAUCAGCAUCCCAAUAUGUGGCCCGCUGCCCAGACGGCGCCGCAACAGCAGCAUCUCCAGCAACCGCCGCCGGCGGCUCGCUACAACCAAAUGCCACAGCCACAGAUGGGAGGCUACAGUCAGCCGCCCAUGGGUGCCAAUCCCAACGAGAUGCAGGGCAACAUGAAUCCCUUUCCCAAUCUGCAGCAGCCGCCGCCUGCCUUUAUGGGUGGAGACCCCAAGUUGCGCCAGCUGCCGCCCAAUCCCAUGGAGAAUCAAUGGAACCAGCAUCCGCAGCAUCCACAUCAUCCGCAGCAUCCACAGCAUCCGCAGCAUCAGCCGCCGCCACGUAAUGCACCAUGCUGGGAGGGGCCCAAAGAUGGGGCCGGACCUGGUCCGGGUCCAGGUCCAGGUCCAGGUCCUGUAGGACCAGGCAGAUGGGAGGGACCGCCACCAUCGGGAGUGAAUGCUGGGAAUCGCUGGAAUUCCGGACCGCCGCCACCUGCCGCCGAUGCAAACCGUCGCUGGGACGGACCGCCGCCACCGCAGGGUGGCGAUGGCAACAAUCGUUGGAGCGGACCGCCACCGCCUGCUGCUGAGACAAAUCGAGGACGCUGGGACGGACCACCACCCCCAUCUAUGGACAAGCAGCAGCAGGAGCAGCCGCCGCCGGGCAGCAACAGCAACCAGCGGAUGAAUCGCUGGUCCACGAAUAAUCCGGAUAUGGAGCAGCGCCAUGCAGGGAAUAAACCGAACAAUAACUUCCAGCGCAAGGGCUGGAGCGAUGGACCAGGACAGCAGGGAGGAGGCGCAGUAGGCGAUGGCCCUCCCCCGGCACGUGGCAACAAUCCUUUUACUCAGAAUUCUGGCCAGGAAUUUGGCUCAAAUCAAGAAGGAUUCAGUGGUCGCGGAGGAGCACCUGGACGAUCAAUUGCUGGCAAUACCGGUGGCGGUGGAAACUCUGGAAACUUUGGUAAUAGUCCCGGGGGCGGGGGAGGCGGCGGCGGAGGAGGCUCGAACUUUAUUAACAACAACAGCUAUGGCGCUGGAAGUGGAGGUGGCGGAGGCGGAGGCGGAGGAGUCACUGAAGGAUCCGAUAAUUCUAGUAAUUUUGGCAACAAUUUUGGGGCCAACAAUCGCCGUGGUCCACCGCCAAACAACAACAACAACAACAAAGCGGGACGCUGGGAUAAUCAGGGAUAUAACGACGAGAGAGGAGGCCACAGCAGCAACAGCAACGAUGGCAACGGUGGUGGCCAGAAUCGUGGCAACUUUGGCCCAAGGAACAACAACAACAACAAUCCACAGCAACAGCAUCCACGUGGCGGAGGAGGAGCCCCGGCCGGGCCAGAUCUGGACGAGGCAAGCUUCGAUCGGCUGUUCGAUCAGUGGGAGCAGCAGUUCGAGGACUGGAAACGGGCCAAUGCCAAUCAUCCGGAUCGCGAUGAGUACCGCCGCUACGAGGAGGAAUUUGAGAAGCAGCGGCGUCGCAUUGCCGAGCGACGCGAGCAGAUGCGACGUCGCCGUCAGGCUCAAGAGGGUGCUGGAGGAGGAGGCGGCCCAGGACCUGGCGCUGUUCCAGAUGGUCCACCAGCCGGACCAAUGGCCAGCAAGGAUCCCAUCGAAGAGAUUGAAGACGGAGCAGCACGCUUCCGUGGGUCCGGGUCCUUUGAGGGUCCAAACAGAGGUGAUCCUGCAAUGGAUGGACAGGGACAUGGACCGGGACCGGGACCAGGCCCUACUUUUGAGAGGGGAGGUCCCUUUGGAGGACGAGGCCCUGGACCGGCCUUUGAUGGAGGUCCCAAUCGGAGUGGUCCUGGAUCUGGACCUGGUCCUGGUCCUGGCGGCAGACCUGGCUUUGGAGGCAGACAUGGUCCUGGCCCUGGUCCAUUCCCAGGCGGAAAUCACGAGCAGCAUCGCGAGCAGGAACCUCUUAAGGAGCACCAGCUGCAGCAGCAGCAGCAGCAGCCGCCGCCGCCUAUGCGCCGGGAUAUCGUGGAGCCUCCCAUGGAGCAAAAGACUGCAGAUCCACAGAAGCAGUUGUCGCCCAAAAAGCCACUGGAACAGCAGCAGCAGCACCAGAAGAGCAAACCUGAGCCUGCUCCGGGACCUGGACCAACGAAUAUUCUUGGCAAGCGGCGGUUCGAGGGUGCCGCUGCCACCUCCACGCCGGCGAAGCAAACCAAAGUGGAGGAUAUUCUCACCAUUUCACUGGACGAUGACGACGAUGAGCCCGAGCCAGAGCCGGAGCUGGUGGACACACCCAUGACGAAUAUCUUCAAGAAGAGCGAUGGCAUCCCUGGCCUCGAUCUGGUCGAGGAGGGAGCUAAGCCGGGCGUCGCCGGAGGCGGAGCCGCCGCCACUGAUGACAGCAAGAAGAUACCAUCGCUGUUCGAUGUGGUGAUCAAGAACCCUGGGGAUCAGGCAGCCGGUGUGGCUGCCGAAGGGACACCCGUCAAAGAAGGAGGAGCACCCCCUGCUGUGGCCGCCACCGCCGACAGCAAAAAGACGGCGGAUGAAUCUCUGCCAGCGAAUGUGUCCAACGCCCUCAAGGAUCCCGAUUUCAUCAAUAAUCUCACCCAGGCAGUGGCCAAGGCCCAGGAGCGGUUGAGCGAUCAACAGGGCGGAGCAGGAGCCAACGAUGCAGCGGAUGCAAGUGCAGCAGGAGGAGGCGCCGCCAACAAGGGACGGCCCCUGUCCUUUGCCGAAUGGCAGCGCAAGAAGAAGGUCCACUCCCAUUCGCAGUCUCAAUCGCCUGGGAAUGUGGACAAGCUCUCGCAGGACUCCAGGGAGUCGAUGAUGAGUCGCGAUAGCGUCGAAGCCGUCGACUCACGCAGCCGCAGUCGUGGACCCACGGACAUGGAUGAGCAGCAGCACUCGCGGCUCCAUCGUGGAUUUGCUGGUGAUGGUCCUGGUGGUGGGCCCGGUCUCGGUCCUCAUCCCGGUGGUCCAGGUCCUGGCUUUCGUGAUGCUCACGGGCCCUUUGGUCCCAAUCAAAUGAAUCAAUUUGGACCCGGACAGGUGCCGGGCGAUAAUUUCACGGACUUCAGCAACAAUUUUGAUGGAAAUGGUCCCGGCUUUGGGCCAAAUGGCAGGAAUUUCGGACCCGGACCCGGUCCCAACUUUGGCCCCAAUGGCGGCCGCAAUUUUGGUCCAAACGGUGGCCCACCCUUUGGCCCUGGAGGACCCAACUUUGGUCCCAAUGGCCCCAACUUUAGGCCCAAUUUCGGUCCCAACAAUGGACCAAAUGGCCCGAACUUUGGUCCCAACUUCGGACCCAAUUUCGGACCCCACAAUCGCGGCGGCGGUGGACCCGGACCAGGACCCAAUUUUGGUCCGAAAUUCCGUGGACCUGGCCCUGGACCUGGUCAUGGAUGUGGCCCCGACUCGGGACCGUUUAAUCCCUUCGGCUUUGGUGGCCCUGGUCCUGGAGGGCCUUUCGAUGGUCCUGGACCCAACUUUGGAGGAGGACCCAACUUCGGAGGAGGAGGCGGUGGUCCACCCAAUAAUCCCAAUAAUAGUGAUAAUCCAUUCCGGCGCAGCUCCGGUCCCCCGAUGCCCAACUUUGACGAGGACAUGGGAGGAGGUCCUCCGCGCAAUCGUCGAAACUUUGGACCAGGACCGGGACCAGGCGGAGGCGGAGGCGGAAACAUGAUGAACUUUGGAAAUCGGAAGCCAUGGGAUGACGGACCGGAGCCGCCGCAACAUCCACAGCCACAGGGGCCGCCGUUCCACCCUCAUUCUCUUCCACGUGUGGAGACAAACGAGGACGGCGACGACCAGCCCGUGCAUCGUCCCAUGAAGGUGUUCGACUACCAGAACAAGACGCCCGCCCCCAAGGUCAUCGACUAUGGCCACAAAUCGGUCACAUCGGGAGGAGGCGCUGCCCCAGCCUCUGGCGAUGGCCUGCCCGAAUUUCGGCCACUGAAAACCUUUGAGUAUGGACAUGCCUCAAACAAUGGCUAUGGCCCAGCUGGUGGAAGAAUGGGACCUGGACGAGGAGGCGCACGCGGAGGUGGACGCGGCGGAGCGUCACAUGGAAUGGGGAUGGAACGAGGAGGAGGACCAGGAGUUUUAGGUGGAGUAGCAGCAGCCGGAGCGGCAGCUGGAAUCGCAGCCGGACCCGGAUCCGCACCCGGAUCCGUUCAGAAUCAAAAUACCUUAAAACAGCGUAAUAAAAAAAGAAAGAAACAGCUGCGCCUGCAGGAGCGCCUGCAAAUGCAUCAGAAUCGUCAGCUUCAAGCGGUUCCGCCCGAAGAGAGCGAUCAGCAGACACAUGGGCCGCAGGGGCAAAACAAUGCCAAACAGUUCGAUGAUCUCGAGGAUAUAUCCGAUGCUGAAGAUAAUCUGGCAGAAAUGCGCGAUGAUGAUUCACUGCCGUCGCCGCCAUCGAUGCACAUUUUGAACAGCGUCUCUUCCGGUGCAGAACCCUUCAAGAAGGCCUUCCCCGCCAAUCCGCAGCGGCGCAUGCUGGGCGAGAGCCCAUUGAAAGUGAAAGCGGAACCACUGCCGUCGUCGUCGCCAUCAGAGGUUGCUCCUCCGGCGCCACAAUCUCUGUUUCCCUCGCAGGCAAAGGCCAAUGAGGAUGUGCCCGCUGGCCAUGUACCGGCCCCACAUUUAGAGAUGAGUGUGCCCACGAAUGAGAAUCGCAAUACCAUCUCGAUUGAUGAGAUUUUAUUGCCGCCCGGCCGCCUGACGCGUCCCAAGCGUAUCUGUGUUGUAAUACGCGGUCCACCGGGCAGCGGCAAGUCGUUUGUGGCACGCCUCAUCAAGGAGAAGGAGCUGGAAAUGGGCGGCACCACACCGCGUAUACUCAGCAUCGAUGAUUACUUUAUAAUUGAGAAUGACUACGAGGAGAAGUGCCCCAAGACGGGAAAGAAGAUACCCAAAAAGGAGCUACUCUACGAGUACGACGAGACCAUGGAGGAGACCUACAUGCAAUACCUGAUCAAAUCGUUCAAGAAGACGCUCAGCGAUAAUCUGUACGACUUUAUAAUUGUUGACUGUAAUAACAAUUCGCUGCGCACACUCAACGAGUUCUACUGCAAUGCAAAGGACUCGAUUUUUGUGCCGUACAUUGUGGAUCUGUGGUGCGAUGUGGAGACUUGUCUGGGACGCAAUGCGCACAAGCGCACCGUAGAGGAGAUCCAGCUAGCGCUGGCUAACUGGAACGAGACGCCGCUGCACUACAUCAAACUGGACGUGGCUACGCUGCUGGAGAAUGUGGUCGAGAUGGAAGAUGUUGAGAAUAUGGCAACGGAUGAUAAUGCCUAUAGUGAGGACACUGCUUCGAAUGCCGCCACCAAGGCAGCAGCCACUGGGGAUGCGGAUGUUGUGGCCGCCGCCUCCUCCGGCUCCGCUUCCACAGCCGCCGGCACUGUCGAUGGAACGACAGAUGACAGCAACGGUGAUGAUAUCUGCUACGAUUUUGGCAAUUUGAAAAGCAAGUGGGAAAGCGACACCACCGAGGAUAAUCUAGCACGUCUGGACGGCACAAUGCGCAUCCUGAAGAAAAGCAAGACCGCCAGCAUGGCCGAAUAUCUGCAGCUGGACGACUGGGAGCCACCCAAGACCUCAGUCGAUGGCAAGAAGCGAGUGCGCUGGGCAGACAUCGAGGAGAAACGCGCCCAGGACAAGAUGCGUGCCAUUGGCUUUGUGGUGGGGCAGACCGAUUGGAAGCGCAUGAUGGAUCCCAAUGCCGGCAAUCGUGCCCUUAACAAAACCAAAUACAUUGAACGCGUCAAAAAGCGUCGCUAGCACAGAGACAGAAACAGGCAGAAAGACACUGAAAGAGAAAUUGUAUGUGUGAGAGUGACGAAGAGGAGAAUGAGGAGGGUCACUAUAUAAGUAUAUUUUUUUGUAAAUUUUAAUCACUCCUGGCACGCGACUGCCAAACACGAGGAUCGACAAUAUUCGAAUGCAAUCAUUUCCAAACGAACGCCAGAAAUACUAGAAUAAUUAUAUUGUACAUGUACUCCAAUGAUGAUGUACCGUUCGGAGUAUCUUCCAUACCAAAUUGUCGGUAUAUAGUUUGUUUUAAUUUUAGCAAAAUGUCGAAAUUCUCUUUGUGCGGUGCGGGCUUUGCAAGCGAUGCAUUUCAGUGUUCUAGUGUAUAACCCUCCCCCACCAUUCGAUUGGUGACCCCAUCCUACCGUGGAGUGUACACAUCAUGUAUUUUAAGUGUAAAUUGUAACUUAAUAUUAAAUCAAAUGCAUUUGGAAACAGACUAAAUUUAUAAUAAAUGCCAUGCAUAAAACAUAGCGGCUUGCAUUUAUGUAGAGC